AUGUCAACCAUAUCGUCCCCCCGUUUAUCCACCACAUCUUCACACGCCACGUCGAUAUCAUCUCGCCGGCCGUCCAUAGAUAACAACUUGAAUCCCAAUGCCAGCGUCAGCGGACUCGGAAUCAAUAACAACGUGGGUUCAUCUAUAGCCCGCGCAGUGUCUCCAGCUCAACGUCGAAAUCGUGCCGCUCUCAGGGAUUAUUAUAAUAUCAAAUCGUCGACGGGAGACGAAGCACUUACCUCUGCGUCUCCUACGGGUGCUCCUCGUACGACGGGUGCAAGCGAGCUUUCGGGAUCACCUUCGAUUACGGUCACCUCCGAGCUAGACAGCCCUGAUUUCGAUGCACAGCAAUAUAUUGACCAGCUAUUGGCUACCUCAUCUCUAUCGACGGUCCUAAAGGCAGAGAAUACUUUGGUGGGUGAUAUACGUACGCUAGAUGGCGAGCGGAAAGCUCUAGUUUAUGAUAAUUACUCCAAAUUGAUUCGCGCUGUUGAGACUAUUGGAACAAUGCGACGGAGCAUGGAGGAGCGCGGAGCACCAUUGACAAUGACAAAAACACUCGGUCCGGCUGUGGCAUUUGUUGCCGAAACUGCUAGUGGCUUGAUCAAGGAAGGGGAAGAACUCCGUCGCAGAGUUCAAGAUGCGAAAAGCAAGGCGACGAGGAAUAAGACAGCUGAGCAAGAGACUGUGGAGUGGGCGUUGGGAACACCCGAUCGCCUCAGGCAGUAUCUGCGCGACGGGCAAUCAGAGAAGGCGCAGGAGGACUGGGCAGAGAUCGACAAGCUUUUGCAAUCUUGGAAGGGAGUCAAAGGGGUCGAGGAAUUGCGGGCAGCUUGUGAAGAGAUUAUGAAAGAGAAAGAAACAGAGUCCGCAUGA